UGGCAACCCUGUCAGCCUGACAGAGUGUAAACAUGAACAACAUACUUCUAGGUUAGACUUUAUAGGAUUUAAUAAUUUAAAUAAAUACGCGGAUUAAAGGUCAACAGCUUCCAUGCUAAAACCAUGAACAUCCCCAGGCUUCUGCUGCACAGUCCGCAGCUUGUGCAUCGGGCCUACGCCCCAUGGCGCUCUUCCCAGCUGGUUUUUGGGGCCGUCCAGCGGUCCAGCGGCCAAAAGCACUAUUUAUCUAUGAAGCAGCCCGAAGCUCCCCUGACCAACAGCCAGAAGCUGAAAAGGGCCGUGAAAGACUACGGGAGCACAGUCAUUGUGUUUCACGUAGGCAUUUCGCUGCUCUCUUUAGGCACCAGCUACUUGGCAGUGUCCAGCGGACUGGAUUUAGAGCAAUUACUGCAGCACUUAGGCCUCGACAACUGGAUGCACGGCAAAACUGUGCUUGUGUCCAAUGCGGGCACUUUCGCAGUGGCCUACGCUAUUCAUAAGAUGUUCGCCCCGGUUCGCAUCGCCAUCACUUUGGGCUCAGUGCCCUUAAUUGUGCGCUACUUGAGGCUGAAGGGGGUGUUGAAGAAGUGAAUUUUUACAUGCAGCUUAAACGGCUUUAUGUACGGACAAAUUAGGCGGUUUAAGAGAAAAAUACAUGGGUUAUGCGUAAACUUA